AUGAAUGUGGUGGAUAAGCCUUGUAACAAAUACUUGGUGAUAAGAGGGAGUCAUCCAGGGAGCAGAUCUGAGUGGGUUUCUGUGCUCGAGAGACAGAUAUUUGACUUCCUUGGUUAUCAGUGGGCACCUAUCCUGGCAAAUUUUAUACACAUUAUUAUAGUCAUACUUGGCUUAUUUGGAACCAUCCAGUAUAGACCUCGUUACAUAACAGGAUAUGCUGUUUGGCUAGUCCUCUGGGUUACAUGGAACGUGUUUGUUAUCUGCUUCUAUUUGGAGGCUGGGGACCUUUCAAAGGAAACAGAUCUCAUUCUGACCUUUAACAUCUCAAUGCAUCGUUCUUGGUGGAUGGAGAAUGGACCAGGCUGCACCGUGACCUCAGUAACCCCAGCCCCAGACUGGGCACCAGAGGAUCAUCGUUAUAUCACUGUCUCGGGGUGUUUUCUUGAAUACCAGUACAUAGAAGUGGCUCAGAGUUCUCUUCAGAUCUUCCUUGCAGCUAACGACAUCACUAUUUGUCAUGCUGAAUAAAUAAGGAUGUGAUCUCCUGCCCUCCACCA